AUGGCCGGUUCUCGGGCAAGAGCCAUGGUUGACGAAGCGAUUGACCAACAGGGCAAGUACAACCUAUGGCGUCUCGUGAAUCCUCGUCGAGGAGUUAAAGGCGACCCCAACACAGCCCAACUUCGACCGAUACUGAACAGCGGCCUGCUCCGCCUCAACUCACGCCCUGAGCUCCUCAAGGCUGUGAAGCUCACCAACAACGCCGAGACACAGAACUUGUAA